UUCCUCCCCCCUUCUUCCGGUCCUCCUCAGACGUGUUUCGGUCCACGUCCUCCGUCUCUUCUUCAUCAUGGGUUUCGGUGACUUGAAAUCAUCUUCAGGUCUCGCGCUGCUGAACGACUUCCUGUCUGCUCGCAGUUACGUUGAAGGGUAUGUCCCCUCUCAGGCCGACGUGGCCGUCUUUGACGCCAUCUCGACUCCGCCCUCAGCCGACCUUUGCCACGCCCUCCGCUGGUAUAACCACAUCAAGUCGUACCAGGACCAGAGAAACAGUCUUCCAGGUGUGAAGAAACCACUGGGACACUACGGUCCUGCAGGCGUAGCCGACACCACCACAGUCUCCGCCCCCACGUCAAAGGACGAUGAUGACGAUGACGACAUUGACCUUUUCGGUUCUGAUGAAGAGGAAGACGCAGAGGCGGAGAAGCUGAAGGAGCAGCGUCUCGCGGAGUACGCCGCCAAGAAGUCAAAGAAGCCCACCCUCAUCGCCAAAUCCUCCAUCUUGUUGGACGUGAAGCCAUGGGACGACGAGACGGACAUGUCCAAACUGGAGGAGUGUGUCCGCAGCGUCCAGAUGGACGGACUCGUCUGGGGACAGGCCAAACUGGUGCCAGUGGGUUACGGCAUCAAGAAGCUUCAGAUUGGCUGUGUGGUGGAAGACGACAAGGUGGGCACUGACAUCCUGGAGGAAAAGAUCACGGCCUUCGAGGACUUUGUUCAGUCCAUGGACGUCGCUGCCUUCAACAAGAUCUGAAACUAACAAAUAAAAGCACUUCAACAAAA